GUGAGAGGAGGGGAUUGAGCCUGGGCUGGUGGUGAAGUCUAUGCUUCUCCUGUAGACUUUGUAUGCUGGGCUCAGUCACACUUCCCUGUGAAGACAUGUGUUCUACUGAGGUCUAGUCCUCAACACUUCCUGGAUCAGACUUAGAAAAGCAACCACUUGAGUGAACCAUGGAUAAUACAGAUAAUUCUACGUACAAGUGUAAAUUCGAUGAGGAUUUCAAAUAUAUUCUACUACCAGUGUCUUAUGGGAUUGUGUUCUGUGUCGGCCUUAUUCUAAACGUUUCGGCUCUUUACAUUUUUCUUUUCCGAAUCAGACCUUGGAAUGCAUCCACCACCUACAUGUUCAACUUGGCCAUCUCAGACAUGUUGUACAUCAUCUCACUACCGCUCCUGGUAUAUUAUUACUCUCAAGGUGACAACUGGCCGUUUGGAGUGGCAUUGUGUAAGAUUGUUAAAUUUUUGUUUUACACCAACUUGUACUGUAGCAUCUUCUUCCUGCUCUGCAUCAGUAUCCACCGGUUCCUUGGCAUCUGUUACCCAAUGAAGUCACUCGGUUGGCUCAAGGUUCGAAAUGCCCGGAUUAUAUCGGUCAUAGUGUGGGUGGUAGUAGCCUCUUUUCAGUCUCCUGUAUUAUACUUUGUGACCACCAGCAUUAAUGGGGAAAACACAAUUUGCCACGACACUUCAAGUGCAGAUUUGUUCGAAACAUUUGUGGUAUACAGCUCGGUGAAUUUGGCCUUGCUCUUCUGUGUCCCUUUCGUCAUCAUCAUCGUGUGCUACGUAUUGAUGACCCGAGCUCUUCUGAGGCCAUCAGCAGCCUCUUCACAGACCUCAAAUUCCAGGAAGAAGUCGAUUAAAAUGAUCAUAAUUGUAUUAUUUGUCUUUAUCAUUUGUUUUUUACCUUUUCAUGUGAACCGGACUCUUUAUUAUUACUUUCGAAAGCUGGACCUUGACUGUUUUACUUUAAAUGCUAUCAACAUUGCCUACAAAGUCACAAGGCCACUAGCCAGUGCCAACAGUUGCUUCGACCCAAUCUUGUACUUUCUAGCUGGUCAAAACGUUCGAAGGAAUAUUACUCUAAGGUCUGGAAUGACAAAAGUCAAAAACAAAUUUACAAGUUAUGUGAAAGAAAAUAAUUGGAGUUCCGUUACGAAUGAAAAUGUUGGUGACAAUACCUCAAACCCUAGCCCAUGUCCUACAGUAAUCACUAGGAUGUGAAUGCCACAAAGUUGUGAGUCCAAAGACUAACGGGUGAAGACCUUACAAGUUGAAAAUUCAAGGAGGUGACCUUGGCUUACUUUCAUCAGCAUUUUAUGGACGUUCCUUCUCCCAUUAGACAAUCCGAGAUGUCAAUGAUUGGGUAGAACAUUCCCUGUUUGAUUGAGUGCAAGGUCUGCCAUGAUUAGCUUAACUCCCCUUGAGGUAACUUUGUAUUUUUGGAGUAGCUAAACUUGAACAUGUGACUUCAUGGUCAUUAACAGUAGAACUUUUUUAGACGUUGAACUUAAAAAGACUUGUGUCUUCAAGGUCAUUAGCAGUAGAACUCUAUGGUAGUGGUUGAACUUGACCCACGCUUGUGAAAAUGUUGGUCGAUAUAAGUGAUUAGUGCUGAGGGAUACCAUAAAGCUUUCCUCCAGAAAGAAUGCUACCUAUAGGGGACUAUAAUGUAAGACAAUGUCCAAUCCCCUAAGGAGCCUUAAAAAUAAGUUACCAGCUAAACCAGAACCAACCACUGGUAGACAUCAGUGUUUCAGAGUUGUAGUUUCUAUGUAGGUUCCUGGUUCUCUUGAGGAAAGGACCUUAAACUUUAUAGGUUUAUAGGCUCAGUCUUUGAGUGACUGAGGUUGCUGAAGAUGAUCUUCGAGUGUUGAACGGGUUGACUGGUUGAGCUAAAUGAGCUUAACUAUGACGUUGUUUAGGUUUGUCUUGAGAAAAUGACCUAUUUUGACACAAAAAGAGACUUUAUAAAAAAAAUCCCAUCUCACAUACUUCAUAUCUUUACCAAUCCCAGUACACCUGCAGUAGUGACAGUUACAGUGUCCCAAUAACAGUGCCAGUAAAAGUGCACAUUAACAGAGCCAGCUAUUGUGCCCCCAUAAGCGUGCCAGUCACAGCUGCCAGUUUUACGAUCCUAUCAGAGUGUAAUAUGGAUGCUCUAAGCCAUAUAUAUGUAUGUAAUAUGUAUGUAUAUACUGUAUAGAUAUAUGUACCUACAGUUUUAUAUGUCGCCAUGUGGUGUACAAUGUUUUCCAGUAUCAGGCUGUAAAGAAAAGAGUGGCAGCUGGGCAAAGAGAAGAUACCUACUGGUGGAUGCCAAAAAGACUCUCUUUUGUCAGGGUAGGUGCUGAACAUACAUCACUGAGCACAGUGUGAACAAGGCCUUAUUCUGAGAUCCUGACCUGUGGCGAUCCUGUAACUAUUCAUGUAAAAGGGAUGUACGAUCUGUAACCUGUGGUGAAACUAGAACUCUCAGCAUGUCACAGGUUGCAGAGCACUAUAUAAAAGGGUAUGUCUAACAAAUACUGAUAUUUACCUAACAAUGCCCUCGGCUGAUACUUUUUGUUUCCUGUUGUAUCAAGAAUAAACUGGUUCUCUUCUGAA